UACCAGUGGCCCAUGUGGGGUUUUUAUUAAGGUGGAUGUAAGAGUUGCUGCUUGCUCUCUUCUGGGUGACGCGGAUUGGAAAGGGUUCCUCACCACUUACACCAAAGUUGUUUGUGUCCAUUCCGAAACUGCAAAUCCACACCAGAGAGGAGCCAUGAAGUGGACCUGGGUGUUUGUGGGAGUUUUGCUGUCCUUUGGGGGGUUCUCGCUGGGUAAAGACAGCUUGGAUUUCCCCGAGUACGACGGCAAGGACAGAGUCCACGACCUCCAUGUCAAGAACUAUAAGUCUGUGAUGAAGAAGUAUGAUGUCAUGGUGGUGUACUACCAUGACCAUCCCGGAUCCAGCCGCGUCGCCCAGAAACAGUUUGAGAUCGAGGAGUUGUCCCUCGAGCUUGCAGCCCAGGUCCUAGAAGAGUUUGAUGAUGAGGACAUUGGAGUUGGACUCAUCGAUGCAAAGAUUGACAAGGCUUUAGCAAAAAAACUGGGCCUCGAGGAGUCCGACAGCAUCUUCAUCUUCACAGACGAUGAGGUCAUCGAGUACGAUGGAGAGUUUGCGGCAGACACUCUUGUGGAGUUCAUCUUUGAUCUCCUUGAAGAUCCCGUGGAAAUUAUUGACAACAGUAGGGAACUGAAAGGCUUUCAGAACAUCGAAGAGGACAUCAAAUUGGUGGGCUACUUUAAGAGUCACAAGUCAGAACAUUUUGAGGCUUUUGUCGAUGCUGCUGAAGAGUUCCAUCCACACAUCAAGUUCUAUGCAACAUUCAAUGCCAAGCUCGCCAAGGCUUUGGACCUCAAGCUUAAUGAGGUGGACUUCUAUGAACCCUUCAUGGAUGAUCCGGUUGUGAUCCCAGGAAAACCUUAUACUGAGGAUGAGCUGGUGAAAUACAUUGAAGAAAAUGACAGGCCAACUCUAAGGAAGCUGCAGCCCCACAACAUGUAUGAAAUCUGGGAUGACCAUAUUGACGGCGAACACAUCAUCGCUUUUGCCGAGGAGUCUGAUCCAGAUGGUUUUGAGUUCUUGGAGAUCCUGAAGCAAGUUGCCGAGGACAACACGGAACACCCUCACCUCAGUAUUGUCUGGAUUGACCCCGAUGACUUCCCCCUGCUUGUGCCUCACUGGGAGAAGAUUUUCGGAAUCGACCUGUCCUCCCCACAGAUCGGUGUUGUGGAAGCCGAUGAUGCUGACAGCGUGUGGAUGGACAUGGACGAUGAGGACAACAUGCCGUCUGUGGACGAACUGGAGGACUGGAUUGAGGAUGUUCUGUCAGGAGAAAUUGAUCCUGAUAAUGAUGAUGACGACGAUGACGACGACGACGACGACGACGAUGAUGACGACGAUGACGACGAUGACAAUGAUGACGACGACGAUGAUGAUGACGAUGACGACGAAGAUGAUGAUGACGACGACGACGAUGAUGACGAUGAUGACGACGAUAAUUAAUAAAUUAGGACAUAAUGUAUCUAAAUCUGACCAAUGCAGUUUAAAGUGCUAAUAGGAACAGCAAAUACAUCUGAAUCAUUCAUUUUCAUCUCAUCCCUUCAUCAUCUUAACCAAAUUCCGUUAUUACUCCCCAAUCAAUUAUUUCAUUCAUGUAACUCUGACAAAAACAAAAAACAAAAAAAAACAAACAAACAAAAAAAUCCAAUCUUUGGCAUGUACUGCUAGUGCUUUUAUGUGGUUAAGGUUGGUGUUCUACUAAAUACUGGAGGGUUGCAGUAUUGUACUGGAUCAUAUUUAAUAUAUGCUCACUCUUUUUCUUGUUUUCCUCGGUGCAAAAAAAACCAAAACGUCAAGUCAAAUCCAAAGGUGCUAGCAGCUUUUUACAGAUGGGUGUUUAUGUAUCACCAGCAUACGCUGCCAAAUCCUUGUAACACUGUACAUCAAAUGAUGUUUUCUACGACAACGAAGUAUAACAACAGCCAUAAUUUAUUUUUGUAAUGAGAGAAAUUACUGUGAAGUCUUAAAUAAAUGACAGAUUUGGACAGAAACACCAA